GCACGCGCAGAUAACGCAGGACGGACGCUUCUCCGCUCGCUCACACCUUUCAAGUGGAAGCCUCUUGAGGCAAAUCAACAAGAAUGUGGCUCUUGGGCGAGGGUCCGGGUGGCUGGGGCUGCCCACGGCGGAAGGGCCGUGGCCAGCUCGGGGGACUGAUAACUUUAAAAGGACAUCUUUUGCUGCCUCCUCACUCGGCCGCUUUAUCGCUGCAAGUGGCAGAAUGGGGAGGGUUUCGCCCUCUUGAGCUCGGGGGGCUAUAAAAAGGAAGUGCCGGGCAGCUGGGAGGCAGAGCCGGACCCGGGCCAGCGUGGGAGGCGGGAGAGGACCAGCAGACCCUCCGUGAGCAACGCCACCAUGGGCUCCUUCUACACCGUCGCCGCCGGCUGCCUCCUCUUCCUGACGCUCCAGCUCCUGGGGCCGGGCACCGCCAACCCCGUGCAUGGCGCCGUGUCCAACGCGGACCUGAUGGACUUCAAGAAUUUGCUGGACCAGUUAGAGGACAAGCUCUCCCUAGGGGAGGCAGAUGUGCCCCCACAGGUGCUGGCAGAGCAGACGGAGGAGGCGGGCACCGAGCUGAACCCCCUGCCCGAACUGCCAUCCUGGCCCGGGGAGGCCAACCCAGCUCCGAGGGAUGGGGGUGCCCUUGGACGGGGCCCCUGGGACACCGCCGCUGCCGCUGCCGCCACCACCGCUGAGAGGUCGGCCCUCCUGAAGAACAAGCUGAGGGCGCUGCUCGCGGCCCCUCGGAGCCUGCGGAGGUCCAGCUGCUUCGGCGGGAGGAUGGACAGGAUCGGGGCCCAGAGCGGGCUGGGCUGCAACAGCUUCCGGUAUCGCAGAUAACGGCCCAGGAGGCAAAGGUGUUCGGGCCUGACCCUCCCUCCGCGCCCCCCGGGGCUCCUCCAACCUCCUGAUGCCUCCUCGCCACGAAGCCGGCGGCGGGGACACAGACUCAACUGCAGUCGCCGCCCCGCCCCCCCCCAUUCUGUGCUAAAUGUAGAUGACGCGGGUGUCUGUGGCCCCCGCCUCUCCUCCCCACGCGCUCAGCUUUAGGGCAGCCCCUCACCACCCGCUCCUCCUCGAAACCAUUUGAAAUGAAUAAACUUCAGCACCAAGG